AUGCCAGAUGUUGGGAACAAAGGUCUAAAAAUAAUCUUUCCAAGUAAUCUUCCCGUCCAUCACUCAAGGAGAGCGCUGCUUCCAGAGAUGCAAAAAAAUCUUUUCUGUAAAAAGCUCCUGGCUGCAGCGCUGUGUGUGCUGCUGGUGCUGCCGGAGCCGGGCUGUGCCAGGAGCCUGUGGAAACGCGCUCUGCUGAAAAUGACGGAGAAAUACGAUGAUUAUGAGUACCCUCUUCAUUCUCACAGCUCCCAGCAGCAGCAGAAGAGCGACCGGUGCCCGCCGCCGCCGCAGAGCCUGCCGGAGCACGCCUGCGAGGUGCCCAGCUGCCGCUCCGACGCCGAGUGCCAGCGCCACAAGCGCUGCUGCUACAACGGCUGCAUCUACGCCUGCCUCGAGUCCGUGCAGCCCCCGCCAGUCCUGGACUGGCUGGUUCAGCCCAAACCCCGCUGGCUGGGAGGCAAUGGGUGGCUUUUGGAUGGCCCAGAGGAAGUCUUACAAGCUGAGGCCUGCAGCACCACGGAGGACGGGGACGAGCCCCUGCACUGCCCCACGGGCUACGAGUGCCACAUCAUCAACCCGGGCAACACGGCCGAGGGCAUCCCCAACAGGGGCCAGUGCAUCAAGCUCCGGGGAAACCCAGAUGGACACAACCUGAGGCAUAAGUAUUACAAGGAAUAUUUUGGGAGCAAUUCCAACAAUUUGGUUGGCUAUGUGAAAAACCAGCAGAAGCAUUUAGGCUAAUUGAAGGUGUGCCUGGCUGGACCACUCUGUCAAGGAAUGCUUUCACCCAGCAGCUUUCUGGUCCCAGAGCUCCACAUCUCCAGCACCCCCUGAUCCCUGCCCACCACUGACCAAAAAAUUCAUUAUCCAAGGAACAGGAAGAGUUCAG